GUUCAAUGUAUUAUUGCGUUAUUAUAUGCUGUUCGCGUGGAGGCUUACGUUAGUCGGUGCCGGGUCGAGUCCCCUACACUACACCCCAGCGCCCUCUUUUACAGCCCACGCGGAAUCCGCAUAACCUAUUGUAACGUUUUCGUAUAUAUACACGGACACCAUCAUCAAGUCUUAACUGGUAUCGUGGAGGGGCAACGUCACACUAUUGCUAGCUAGGGCUGUCAUAGUUCGUCGACUCUUUGCCCAAAUAUAACAAACAUUGAACAGAACAUACAAGAAAUUGAGCGAUUUACCGGUAGUGGAGUCUGUGCUGGAACGCACAAGGCAGGAUGGCGGACAACCUAAAUUUCGACUUCGAGGCGGAAAUUGAGUCGUCUAAUCUGUUAACACAAGCACAGCGUCAGGUCGAGCCACUUGACCUCCCAGCGGAGGCCAUCGGGCAGCAGCCAGCCAACUACCGAAAAAAUUUCCGCAAGACGGUAUGCACCUACUGGCUGCGCGGGCUGUGCAUGAAGGGCGAUGCCUGCGGCUUCCUGCACCAGUUCGUGACGGACCGCAUGCCGGUCUGCCGCAACCUGCUCAAGUACGGAGAGUGCCACGAACAGGACUGUCCGUACAAGCACUCGAUGGACGAGAUCAAAGAGUGCAACAUGUACAAGCUGGGCUUCUGCAUCUACGGGCCCCAAUGCCGCUACAAACACAUCAAGAACCCAGGUCCGCCCCCGGAACCCGAGGAGGUGGAGGCCGCCAAGCCGCGUGAGCACCGCAACAUCAAUGUGGUGGUCAACCAGGUCAACCCCGGCGUUGCCAAGGAUGAGGAGCGGCCAGCCAAGCGAGCAAGGCCAUUCGGUGGCCGAGAAGGCUUCCGAGAUCGCGACAGGGACAGGGACCGCGACCGCGACCGCCGUGGCGGCGAUCGGGACCGUCCGCUGGCGCUGCCGGCUCCUCCGGCAGCAGCUGGCGGGGAGGAGCGGGAGCGCGAUCGGGAGCGGGAGCGUGGCGGUGGGGGUCGCUUCGAGGGCCGUGGCUCAGAGGGAUUCCGCGGCGGGCACCGGGAUCGCGGGGGCCGAGGGAACUGGCGCGGCGGCGGCGGCGGUGGCGGGGACGACAUGGAUGGUGGCGGCGGUGGCGGGAUGCAUGGCCGCGAGCAGGCGCCUGCGGGCAUGCCGCCUGUGACAGCCCCCGGCCCCGCCACGUUGCCCCCGCUGGCUGGGUUGAUAGCGCCCAUGCCGGGUAUCAUGAUGCCUCAGGGCCAAGGGGGGAUGCCCGGGGGCGGGGGCCCACCUGGCCCCCCUGGAGGGCUGGGUGACGGCGGAGGAGGCGGAGGCGGCAUGGGGCAGUUUGAUCCGGGCUUGUUUGCGGCGAUGGCGGGGCAGGGCUUCUUCCCGCGUCCCUACUAGGCCAAACACGCAACAUACCGCCUUUACUGCCACGUACCAGCGCCAACAGUCCGGUGCGUACGGCAUGCAACGCAGCUUCGCAGCCGGUGCCCGCCCUUCCAUUCCGCUACUGCCCCUGCCGGCAGCCAUGGACGCAGGGGUCUGGGCGCUAUUAAGGGUCUAGGCUGACAACAUGCGCUGCUUUUGGCGGUAACAGCUGCGAGCCGGGGGCGGGUGAGGGGCAGCAGGGGCCAGGCGUCAUGUGCGGGCGGGUUGGGGUGGCAAGACGUUGUUCACGCUAAGUAAACAACGUUCACGCCUUGUUUUGCCUCCGGCAGCGGCUAGGAUGUUGCAGCAACGGCUAGACAGUAGACGACCGUCUCUGUUGAACGUUCGCAUGCGAUGUCGUGUGGCGGGGUUGCCUAACAACACUGCGCGUUGUGCGAUGUUGUUGUUGUUGUGUGAAGGUUGUGGGAGGCGGAGGCCAGGGAAGGGUGCUUGCCUAUCUGACUUCCUGACUGGUGGAUGGAGUCGCCUGCAAGCUAGUGCAGGCGGGCCUAGCUUCACGCGAGGCCUUUGCUGUUGCUGUAAUGCGCAUUGCUGUAAACACUCACAGGCGCGAUAUAUUCGGGGUAUUUUUAUUUGCGAAAAGAGUACAGGCUGUCAGCCUGCGGAAAUGGCUGGGGGGCAACGGAACUGGUGUCUGUAAAGCAGCAAAGCGAA